ACUUCCUUCUUAGGGUGCCGCUUGCUCACCCCGCCCACAGAAGUGAUUAUUGUGUCCGAUGGAGCAACGCGGUUCGGUUAAACACCCUCACAGGCCCCCACAUCUGGAUUAAUUGUGAGGACGGAGGAGAGAGACAGGCGUGGAGCGUGUCUCAGUGGAUUCUGGUCCGAUUUACAUCGGCUCAGGAGCGGGUUUGACCCGGUUUCCAGUGGGCUUGGAUCGCCGGGAAAAACAGAAAGAAGGGAAAGUUUGCUUCAUCUUUGCUCUCAUGUCUUUGCAGCUGGGGGGCUAGUCAUGUUCAGGUAGACACUCGACUCUGUGGUGCCCACCAUGUUGAAGCGUUUGGACAGGAUCCGGUUCAGGGGACGGCGGGAUGAGUUCCUGGAUCUGGCUGAGUCGCCCAACACAUCCGACACAGAAUGCAGCGAGGAGAUUGUGAUUAAACCUCGCGCCUCUGUCAGAGAGACAGAGGAGGUGAGGGAGGCAGAGGUGGAGCCGCAGGGUGAUGCUCAGGCUGGUCCAGGAUCUUUUUCUGCAGCUCUGGAUGACAGGACAGAUUUAAAUGAGGUUAAAGGUCACUUAGAAAUUGCCUUGUUGGAGAAGCACUAUUUGCAGGAGGAGCUGAGAAAACUUAAAGAGGAGUCCAAUGUGGAUUCACUGAAACAGGAGUUAGAAAAGGAGCGCUGCAGACGCAUCGAGCUGGAACAGAAAAUCAACGAUGCCCUGAGAUCUAGACUUGAAGACUCACCAUCUCAGACACCUAAAGCUCCGUCUGCUCCUUCAGCUGCUGGCAGUGACAAACAGAAGGAGACUCUGGUUGACACCUUAUUGAAAUGGCUUUAUGAUCGAUUUGGUGUUUAUAUCGAAGACUUCCGCUUCCAACCAGAGGAGACGACAGUGGAGACGGAGGAACCACUGAGUGCCAAAAGGUUGACUGAAAACAUGAGACGGCUCAAACGAGGAUUUAGACCCGUUACCAAUUUCAUGAGGAACCUUUCUGCCUUAUCCAGCUGGUACUCCAUCUAUACAUCAGCCAUUGCCUUCAUUGUCUACAUGUAUGUGGCGUGGAAUGGAUGGGUCAUCCCCAUGUUCCUGUUCCUCGCCAUUCUCCGCCUGUCCUUGAAUUACCUCAUUGCCAAAGGCUGGAGGAUCCAGUGGAGCAUUGUACCUGAAGUUUCAGAGCCAGUGGAGCCUCCUAAGGAAGACCUGACUGUGUCUGAGAAGUUCCAGCUGGUCCUGGAUGUCGCUCAGAAAGCUCAGAAUCUGUUUGGAAGGAUGGCCAACAUCCUGGAGAAAAUAAAGAAAUCCUCAGGUGUAUACGCAGGUAUCAAGUUCUUCAUCAUUGACUUCAUCUUUAAGAGUUGUCCCAAGCUGAGGCAGCGCUAUGACACCCCCUACAUCAUCUGGACAAAUUUACCCACCGACCUGCAGCUGAAAGAGCGCAGCAACACUAUGCUGGGCCGACGAGUGAUAGCUGCUGGGGGCCGAGGCAGCCUCACCGCAGCAGCUCCUGUGGGUGUCAGUCGGGAUGAGGAUGGAGGGCGAUACUACAGCACCAAGAGAGGAGCUUUUCAUGAGGUGUUUAACCUGCCAGAGAGUGAGCGCCCUCUGACAGUGUGUGAGACUGGCUGGCGCUGCUGCCUCAUCAACAGAGACAGGAAGACACCGACAGACUACAUCCGCAACGGAGUGCUUUAUGUCACCGAGAAUUACCUGUGUUUCGAGAGCUCCAGCUCCAGGUCCGGGUCCUCAAAGAGGAACAAAGUCAUCAAACUGCUCGACAUUACUGACAUCCAGAAGUACAAAGUUUUGUCAGUGCUGCCUGGGUCUGGGAUGGGGAUCUCCAUUGCGACACCAUCCACCCAAAAACCUAUGGUCUUCGGCGCAAUGAUGCACAGAGAUGAGGCAUUUGAAGCCAUCUACACUCAGUACACGAAGAUCGUUACUAAGGCUACAGCUAUCAACCCUGAGACAUAGUAAGACCUUUGCGAUGGCUGCCUUAAACACAAGCACCUGAAGGUUCUUAGAUGGCUGCUGACUUCAGUUUGAGCUGCUGGUCUUCCCCCAUCAGUCACCCAUGAAAGUAAUUCAGUGAUAGUAUUUUAGUGAUUGAUAUUAAAUCAGCUGAUUCCAACUAAUCACUGAUUAUUAUUUUUUUGUCAGAAUCAGACAGUCUGUUAUCAAUCACUGUUUCUGAUAACAAAUUAACAAUACCAUCCACAAAUGAGAGCACUUUACAUCCUCUCUAAGGGUUAGUUUACUGAAAAAAACAUUUACAAGAAUUGCGUCUCUGUUUUUUCAUCUCUGAUAAACAUCUCAGCAUUUCACGUGCGCAGACUUGAUAUUAAAUUAAAAGCCUCUUGAUAGCUCAAAGGGUUCAAUCCCUCCCAUAGUUUUUAGGCUUUUAUUGUGAAAAGUCUACUGGACGUUUUUGGUUCACAUAGUAAAAGCCUGUAGAAGAAGAAGUUUUAUAAAGCUUACUUUUACUCCCACAGCUACUUUUACCUGCAGUUUAUUGGUUCAGGUUUGUCACAUGACCGAUUGCAGGCUUUAGUUUACUUUAGUAGCAGCAAAUUAAACUGGAAACUUAACUACAUUUUGUUUUUGUGCUAAAGAAAAUUGAAUAAUAAUUUAAUUCGCUAGUCAAUUAAUAAGAACAGUUAUUCUCUGCCUGCAGCUUUCCCAAUAUAUUAAUUUCUUGCUUUUCUGUGUCUUUAUCGAUGUAAUCUGAACAUUUUCAGGCUUUGAACUGUUAAUCAGACAAAACACAAUGUUUAACAAAAAUGACACUGUGCACUCUUGAGAAACUGGACUGGAUGUAUUUUACUGUUUUCUAAUGACUAUACAGUUAAUCUUAGUGGUAGACUUAAUUUGGCCUUUACUCACAACCAAACAUAUUAAUCUGACUUAUAAACACUGACUGAUAUUAGUCUGUCUGCAGGCAAAUUAUGAAGGGAGGAAACAGAAAAUUAAAAAAGUAGUUUUUAAUCUUGUUCUGAUUCUGACUCAAUAUUGUCUAAUUGUAUAAAAGAACAGCAAAAGGUCCAUCAAGUCUCUCGCUGACAGUUCAAAUCUUCAAAUGUUAAGAGAAACUGAUACUAUUGUUAAAUAGUGUCUUUAUAGCUUGCGAUGCAAACUUAGGUGGAGGGUUUCAUGACUGUGUAUUAAACCGCUGGCAAACAAAUGUGUUUAAACCUCAUUAUUAUACAUUGGUGUCUUCAGGGAUUUGUAAACAGUAUCAUCAUAUGACUCUGUAUUGUACUAUUGCAACUAAGCCUUACAGUUAAUAUGUUGGUGUAAAGUGUUUGUAUUCUGUAUCAAUGUUCAGCAGUUAUGUGAGCAGUCUUUGACACAUGGAAUUUAGUGUAAACCACAGAGUUAGUCUUUUUCUUAAGCUUUGUUUGACUUAGCCAGAAGCUAAGUGGCUAAAGCUAAUGCCAGUUUAGCAGUUUAUGCUUUCUGUUUUACAAUUAAUGAGCCACGAAACAAAAUCCCACAGGGAACUACAAAUGCUACAUUUUUGUAUUUGUUUGUCAUUCGAUUUCCAUCAAGCUUAAAGAAGAAUCAACUAAAGCACUAAAAAAAGCACUUUUUUCUUUCAUUUCUAUUAUCUGAUAACUUU